AUGCCCAAGAACUUUAAGCCCACGUAUGAGUCAUCGCUCAGCUCUCCAAUCAGUCCUGACACCAUGACAGCCCCGAUGUCCAAGUUUGUCAUCAAGUUUGAGACCAGUCCUCCUACUGUCUUGGUCUACACGCCCACUACGGAGUGCAUUCAGCCUUAUAGCUUCACAGUCAUCACCUCGAACCCCACCACUAACUGUGUAACCACGACCUAUGUACCCUUCACCAGUUCUUACACCACCACUCCCACGACUGACAAGCCAACGACAACCAUUACUUCUGUGACACCUAUCAUCUCUGUCGGGAAAGUGACCUCAUCCGUGACCUCUGCUUCCACUGUUACCGACAUGGCAGUGUCUCAGGUCAACGUCCCUAGCUCUCCCGGCAACACCGUUGGACCCAACACCUCAGAUAUCACCUCUCCUACAACCACCACACACACACUGACUCCUGACACCUCUGUCACACCCACCUGGACCUCUUGGCUCACCUCAGAAACAUCUAGAACGGCUACCACACACCCGGUCACCACAGCCACCCUGAUAGCUUCUCAUAGCACUCCUGGCCUCACAACCUCAGACAGUCACUCCACUCACAGGGCAUCCACAGCCGAUUCCACCUCACACCCCAAUACCCCUAUGACCAGCAGUGUGUUGACUUCUACAACAAAUGGGGUUCUGACCUCUGUGUCUGGCUCAAGCACAAAACCAGUCACAGCUGGUACCACACACAGCACCCCAUUAUCUCCCUUGGAGACCACGCUCCCAGUCACACAUGCCACAUCUAUAGCUACAUCCCUGGUGACUUUCCCCAACUCUGUCACUAGCUCUGUUACCCAUCCCCCAUCCCCCAGCACCUCUCCUACCUCCACCUUAGCCACAAGCACCCCAGACACCUCUGCCACACCCACCUGGCCCUCCCUGCCCACUUCAGAAACAAGCAAUGCUGUCACCACACAGCUGGUCACCAUGACCAGCCUGCCUCUCUCUCUCAGCACGCCCAGCCUCACCUCCUUAAACAGCCACCCCACUGCCACCUUGUCCACAACUGCCAUCUCUGUACCUCCUGUCAGUUCAGAGACACUGGAGACCCUCACACCCACAAUUCCCCCUUCACAGAGCUCAGGCCUGCCCACCAUGACAAAUACCACUCUCACCUCCUCCUCCAUGGGCAGCACAGAGCCUUUGAGCACAGAGUCACACACUGCAACCCUCACAGUUCCCAGCCUGUCACCGACUGACUCCAUCUCUUCUAACCCCACCAGUGUGGACACGGACACUACCCUUCUCUCCACGGUCCACACCACCAGCAGUGUGACAGCUGUUCCCUUCAGUACAGGGAACACUCCACCUCCCCUGGCCUCAAGCCUCCCUGCUGAAUCUGCCUUCUCCUCAUCCAUCUCUGCCAGGACAGCUGGGACCACACAGUGGGACAGUGUCCCCUCAGCUCCAACCAUCACACAUACAGUCUAUGCAACACCUGAGUCCACCCCGACACCUACCACCCUCACCACACCCACAGCCCCCUCAUCCACAGAGCCUCCUCCUCCUACCUCAGCUGUGACUGACACAGAUCAGCCCCCUUUCCCCAGCCUAGCUGCCACAUCCACAGGCCAAUCCACAGUCAGUCCUGCCACAGGCCUUCCUACAGAGUCACAUAUGACAGACAGAGCUGAGACUUCCCCAGUCACAUCCUUGGUCACUGUCACAGGCCCACCCACCUAUGGCAGAUCCACAAGCUCUUCCUACAUCACCUCUAGUAUGGUCACCUCACACACAAGUAGGGCUCCAUCCUCUAUGUCUGUGUCAGGUCCACAACCAGAUGCCACUGGCAGAGUGUCCAGUGCCCCAUUGUCUGCCAUGGUGACCUCACUCCCAAACAUUAAUGCCACAUCUGCAGCUACACCUCAGGCCACUUUCCCCAACUCUGUCACUAGCUCUGUUACCCAUUCCCCAUCCCCCAGCACCUCUCCUACCUCCACCUUAGCCACAAGGACCCCAGACACCUCUGCCACACCCACCUGGACCUCCCUGCCCACUUCAGAAACAAGCAAUGCUGUCACCACACAGCUGGUCACCAUGACCAGCCUGCCUCUCUCUCUCAGCACCCCCAGCCUCACCUCCUUAAACAGCCACCCCACUGCCACCUUGUCCACAACUGCCAUCUCUGUACCUUCUGUCAGUUCAGGGACACUGGAGACCCUCACACCCACAAUUCCCCCUUCACAGAGCUCAGGCCUGCCCACCAUGACAGAUGCAACUCUCACCUCCUCCUCCAUGGGCAGCACAGAGCCUUUGAGCACAGAGUCACACACUGCAACCCUCACAGUUCCCAGCCUGUCACCGACUGACUCCAUCUCCUCUAUCCCCACCAGUGGGGACAGGGACACUACCCUUGGCUACACACCCAUCACCAUUGCUUCCUCUCCUAUGGGAAACACUCCAGCUCAGCCCCUGGGCACAAGCAUUCCAGUCACAUCCCUGCUCUCCUCAGCCAUGGUGGGCAGCAGUCCUGGGACCACACACAGAGAGAAUGAGGCUUCAUCUCCAACACUUCUGCACACAGUGUACACCACUGCGGUCUCCACCCCAGCACCCACGACCACGAACACACUCACAGAACCCUUGUCUCCAGAACUGAGUCCUCCUGCAGCAGUGAGUGGAACAGGUCGGCCUCCCUCACCCAGCCCAGCUGCCACACCCUCUGGGGAAGCCACACUCACACCUAAUACAGCCCUUCCAACAGAGUCUCCAGGGACAGAUAGACUGUCAGCUCCACCAGCCACUUCUUUGAUCACCCCCACUGAGACACUUGCUUCUGGCACAACCAUACCUUCUGUAGUGACCAGCAGUGUGUUCACUUCCACAACAAAUGGGGUUCUGACCUCUGUGUCUGGCUCAAGCACAAAACCGGUCACAGCAGGUACCACACACAGCACCCCGUUAUCUCCCUUGGAGACCACGCUCCCAGUCACACAUGCCACAUCUAUAGCUACAUCCCUGGUGACUUUCCCCAACUCUGUCACUAGCUCUGUUACCCAUCCCCCAUCCCCCAGCACCUCUCCUACCUCCACCUUAGCCACAAGGACCCCAGACACCUCUGCCACACCCACCUGGACCUCCCUGCCCACUUCAGAAACAAGCAAUGCUGUCACCACACAGCUGGUCACCAUGACCAGCCUGCCUCUCUCUCUCAGCACGCCCAGCCUCACCUCCUUAAACAGCCACCCCACUGCCACCUUGUCCACAACUGCCAUCUCUGUACCUUCUGUCAGUUCAGGGACACUGGAGACCCUCACACCCACAAUUCCCCCUUCACAGAGCUCAGGCCUGCCCACCAUGACAGACACAGCUUUGACCUCCUUCUCCAUGGGCAGCACAGAGCCUUUGAGCACAGAGUCACACAUUGCAACCCUCACAGUUCCCAGCCUGUCACCGACUGACUCCAUCUCUUCUAACCCCACCAGUGUGGACACGGACACUACCCUUCUCUCCACGGUCCACACCACCAGCAGUGUGACAGCUGUUCCCUUCAGUACAGGGAACACUCCACCUCCCCUGGCCUCAAGCCUCCCUGCUGAAUCUGCCUUCUCCUCAUCCAUCUCUGCCAGGACAGCUGGGACCACACAGUGGGACAGUGUCCCCUCAGCUCCAACCAUCACACAUACAGUCUAUGCAACACCUGAGUCCACCCCGACACCUACCACCCUCACCACACCCACAGCCCCCUCAUCCACAGAGCCUCCUCCUCCUACCUCAGCUGUGACUGACACAGAUCAGCCCCCUUUCCCCAGCCUAGCUGCCACAUCCACAGGCCAAUCCACAGUCAGUCCUGCCACAGGCCUUCCUACAGAGUCACAUAUGACAGACAGAGCUGAGACUUCCCCAGUCACAUCCUUGGUCACUGUCACAGGCCCACCCACCUAUGGCAGAUCCACAAGCUCUUCCUACAUCACCUCCAGUAUGGUCACCUCACACACAAGUAGGGCUCCGUCCUCUAUGUCUGUGUCAGGUCCACAACCAGAUGCCACUGGCAGAGUGUCCAGUGCCCCAUUGUCUGCCAUGGUGACCUCACUCCCAAACACUAAUGCCACAUCUACAGCUACACCUCAGGUCACUUUCCCCAACUCUGUCACUAGCUCUGUUACCCAUUCCCCAUCCCCCAGCACCUCUCCUACCUCCACCUUAGCCACAAGGACCCCAGACACCUCUGCCACACCCACCUGGACCUCCAUGCUCACUUCAGAAACAAGCAAUGCUGUCACCACACAGCUGGUCACCAUGGCCAGCCUGCCUCCCUCUCUCAGCACGCCCAGCCUCACCUCCUUAAAUAGCCACCCCACUGCCACCUUGUUCACAACCGUCAUCUCUGUACCUUCUGUCAGUUCAGGGACACUGGAGACCCUCACACCCACAAUUCCCCCUUCACAGAGCUCAGGCCUGCCCACCAUGACAGAUGCAACUCUCACCUCCUCCUCCAUGGGCAGCACAGAGCCUUUGAGCACAGAGUCACACACUGCAACCCUCACAGUUCCCAGCCUGUCACCGACUGACUCCAUCUCCUCUAUCCCCACCAGUGGGGACAGGGACACUACCCUUGGCUACACACCCAUCACCAUUGCUUCCUCUCCUAUGGGAAACACUCCAGCUCAGCCCCUGGGCACAAGCAUUCCAGUCACAUCCCUGCUCUCCUCAGCCAUGGUGGGCAGCAGUCCUGGGACCACACACAGAGAGAAUGAGGCUUCAUCUCCAACACUUCUGCACACAGUGUACACCACUGUGGUCUCCACCCCAGCACCCACGACCACGAACACACUCACAGAACCCUUGUCUCCAGAACUGAGUCCUCCUGCAGCAAGCUCAGGCCUGCCCACCAUGACAGACACAGCUUUGACCUCCUUCUCCAUGGGCAGCACAGAGCCUUUGAGCACAGAGUCACACACUGCAACCCUCACAGUUCCCAGCCUGUCACCGACUGACUCCAUCUCUUCUAACCCCACCAGUGUGCACACGGACACUACCCUUCUCUCCACGGUCCACACCACCAGCAGUGUGACAGCUGUUCCCUUCAGUACAGGGAACACUCCACCUCCCCUGGCCUCGAGCCUCCCUGCUGAAUCUGCCUUCUCCUCAUCCAUCUCUGCCAGGACAGCUGGGACCACACAGUGGGACAGUGUCCCCUCAGCUCCAACCAUCACACAUACAGUCUAUGCAACACCUGAGUCCACCCCGACACCUACCACCCUCACCACACCCACAGCCCCCUCAUCCACAGAGCCUCCUCCUCCUACCUCAGCUGUGACUGACACAGAUCAGCCCCCUUUCCCCAGCCUAGCUGCCACAUCCACAGGCCAAUCCACAGUCAGUCCUGCCACAGGCCUUCCUACAGAGUCACAUAUGACAGACAGAGCUGAGACUUCCCCAGUCACAUCCUUGGUCACUGUCACAGGCCCACCCACCUAUGGCAGAUCCACAAGCUCUUCCUACAUCACCUCCAGUAUGGUCACCUCACACACAAGUAGGGCUCCGUCCUCUAUGUCUGUGUCAGGUCCACAACCAGAUGCCACUGGCAGAGUGUCCAGUGCCCCAUUGUCUGCCAUGGUGACCUCACUCCCAAACAUUAAUGCCACAUCUACAGCUACACCUCAGGUCACUUUCCCCAACUCUGUCACUAGCUCUGUUACCCAUUCCCCAUCCCCCAUCACCUCUCCUACCUCCACCUUAGCCACAAGGACCCCAGACACCUCUGCCACACCCACCUGGACCUCCAUGCUCACUUCAGAAACAAGCAAUGCUGUCACCACACAGCUGGUCACCAUGGCCAGCCUGCCUCCCUCUCUCAGCACGCCCAGCCUCACCUCCUUAAACAGCCACCCCACUGUCAGCUUGUCCACAACUGCCAUCUCUGUACCUCCUAGUACCUCACCAAACUUUAGUCCUGUCUUGUCAGCGUCCCAUGUCCCCAGCACAAGCACUGUUCCGUCUACUCAGAAGACUCUUGUGUCCACCCCGACUACGCUAAGUACACUUACUUCAUCAGGUAAACCCAGAACAGAUUCCCUCCCCUGGAGCAGCACUUCUACAAACGCAGUGGUGACUGCUUUUGCUACCUUGAUCUCUUCCACACCCACAGUGAUAAUGUCUGCUUUUCCAUCUCUCUCUGCUACUAGACCGAUGCUAACGACUACCACUAAACCUCCCUCUACCUUCUCCCUGAGCUCCAGCACAGAUGCUACAAUCUCCUCUGUAGUGACAUCCUUCCCACCGUCCUCAACCACCAGAACGUCUCCAACAGCCUCGCCACUGACCACAGCUCAUACCGAAUCAACCCCCUUCUCUUAUAUCUCUCUUCCUUCCACUACGCCCUGUCCAGAAACCAUCACCAUCACCAUAGUCCCCAGCUCUCCCCAGACUCCAUGUGUUGACAUCAACCCCAGUACUGGAGCAACAUCUGCUCCCAUCACCCCAUUCUCCAUCUUUCCCUCCACCACCCACAUGGUUACCUCUUCCGGUUCUACCAGUGAAAGAACAUUUCUCCCUCCACAUUUGGGUACCUCUUCCAUGACACCAGAAACGGAGCCCUCAGACACCGUCACUGAUGCUCCUAGCUCAACGGACUCUAGGACAAUAGUUAUAGACACAGUCUUCAGCAGCGCCUCAGCAUCCACGGAGGACAAUCGGUUGAAUGUCACCUCUAUCACCACCCCAAAUAUGCCUGGCUCAGUCAGUGUCCCCUCAACCCUGAAACCAAGCAACAGCUUCCUAACUACCACAGCUUCAAGCAAGGUGACCACAAAGACCCCAGAGACUUCGGUGGCCACCAUGAAGUCUCCUACCACCCUUAUAUCACUACCAUCAAGAUCAACUUCAACCACUACUCAGAUGACUACACCAGUGAGCUUGACCACAACCCCAGGCGUUUGUGACAAUGGUGGCACCUGGGAGCAGGGCCGGUGCAUUUGCCCUCCUGGCUUCUCUGGAGACUACUGUCAAGAUCCGGAUAACAGAUGCCAGAAUGGAGGUUCAUGGGAUGGCCUCAGGUGUGUCUGCCCCAGCACCUUCCAUGGGUCUCUCUGUGAGUUUCCUGUGGAGCAGUUAGACAUAGACACAGUGGAGACUGAAGUGGGCAUGGAGGUAUCUGUGGAGCAGGAAUUCUCUCCAGACCUCGGAGACAACACUUCCAAGGCCUACAGAGACUUCAGCAGUGCCUUCCAGGGUCAGAUGCAGAAGAUUUACCAGACUGUUCAAGGCUUCCAGGGUGUGGAAAUCCUGUCCUUGAGGAGGGGCAGCAUUGUGGUAGAUUACCGGGUCCUGCUGAGGCUGUCCUUCAGCCCCCAGCUGAAGAGCGACUUUGAGAAGGUGAAGAUAGCACUGAAGGAGGAGCUGCAGAGUGCCAGUCAAGAUGGUGACAGCUGUCAGGACAACCAGACGCUGUGUUUUAAGUCCGACUCCAUCAAGGUGAACAAUCACACUGAGAAAGAACUGACCCCAGAAGCCAUCUGUCACCGAACUGCCCCCAAGGGCUUUGAGGAACACUACUUUCCUUUGGUGGAGCUGAGCAGGCUCCGCUGUGUCACCAAUUGCACACCUGGAGUGAAUGGCACCAUCCAUUGCAACCAGGGACAGUGUUUUCUGCAGAAGAGCGGUCCAACCUGUCGCUGCUUUUCCACAGACACGUACUGGGUCUCAGGCCCACGAUGUGAGGUGGUGGUUGACUGGAGGGUGUUGGUUGGAGGCCUGGUGGGGGCCGUCACUGUGCUGCUGCUGUCACUGGUGGCCUUAAGUGUCUGGGUGGCACGUUCCCGGGGAAGAGACAAGGACCGCUGUCCCUCAGGCAGGUCCUGGACCCAGGACAGGAAAUGGUUUGAGACCUGGGACGAAGACAUCGCGGGGACUUUUUCCAACACGGGCUUCCAGGAUACCCCGACAGUCACUAAUAAAAACUUCCAUGUUGCCUUGGAGAAGGUGGAUCCCAACAUGAUGGUUCACAUCCAAAGACCUGAGGUGGCCUUAUCACCAGCAACAUCAGCAUCAGCAUCAUCACCACCAUCACCACCACCACCAUCAUCAUCAUCACCACCACCACCAUCAUCAUCAUCAUCAUCAUUCUGAGCCCUUGCAAGGCCUCGUCUGUGCUCCUCCACCUUGCCUGGGGCUGUAGCACUGAGCCCAUUGUGCAAGAACUGGUUCUAGUACCCACACAGCUCAGGCUCCUUGUUCUUGGGGGCAGGGGUCCUAUUUCCUUGACCUCCCAUCCUUCUCUUUGUUUGGCUGAAACCCA